AUGCCCAAGAGAAAGAUUGAAUUAGACGAACUAGACGAAGAAUACCAUCAAGAAGAAGAAUAUCUUCAAGAAGCCAAUGAUAGGUCGGUCAUACAUCCAACCUCUCGGGUUGGUAAUAAUACCUCUCAUGGAAAUCCACUGGGAGUCAACACUCCAACGGAUGAAAUGGAAUUCCAGCAUGUUGUCAAUCAAGUUAUACGAAUAGUUCUUGGACGGGAGUUGAAAGGAAUGUUGACCAGACGAGAACAUAUUACUCUGGCGUUAACUAAUAAAAAAAUCAAAACAGAUUUGAUAGUUAAAGCCGUUGAUCAAACGUUAAGAGACACAUAUGGAUUAAGCCUUGUUGAAACUCCAAUUAUUAAGAAGCAACCCGAUGGAAAGCUAAAAAAGGGAGCUCCUUCGAAAGUCAAGCCUGUGGUUUCAUAUUGUGUUGUAAACGAUUUACUGACUGAAGGAAGGAAUGUUUUGGGACAGAUUUGGAAUAAUUCUUUGAAAACAUUCAUGAAGAAAGAUAUGGGUGAUGUAAAAUACUUUUUACCUACUUAUAGCAAGACGAAAUUACCUAAUACAAAUCAAGAAUUAGUUAAGGAUGGGAUCAUGUUGGUAGUGGUAUCCUUAGUUAUCUUAUCCGAAAAUUUAUGCAAACGUGACUAUUUAACAAAAAUCACCUUGGAGGGUACUACAAAGGAGCAUAAUAUAAUUGAGUAUGCAUUAGGUAGGAGGUGCUUAGUUGAAUUUACCCCAAAAAAUGUAUUCGAGUUUAUUAAAGUUGUUUAUGGUGACGAUUUUGAUGGCUCAAUUGCCGAAAGAACAUUGAUAACUAUACAAAGGGCUUAUGGUGUUGCCUUGGCUGCUGAAGAGAAUGAUGAUGAUUAUAGGAGUUCUGCAACACCAGGUGUUGAAGAGGGGGUUGAAGCAUCACAUACUGAAACCCCCAAUGUAUAA